GUGUACUGUGUCGACUCUCUCUCUCUCUUGCUGUUUGCUCUCUCUACAAUGGCUCACCUCUUCAGGGACCUCUCGCUUGGCCACUCCAAGAGAGGUACAACCGCCAGCGUGGCAGCCACCGCCGUCACGGCAACCGCAAUGCCGGUUGCCGAUCUGCCUUCUCCAUUCGGUCAACUCACUCCAACACUUACCGAUUCCGAUCUCCGACUCACCGCCUAUGAGAUCUUCGUUUCCGCAUGCCGUACCUCUUCCGGAAAGCCUCUCUCCUCCAUUUCCCAAGCCGACCGCUCUUCGUCGUCGUCGUCGCCGACCCCGACGCCGCCAAUAUCGCCCUCUCUUCAGCGCUCGCUGACGUCAACCGCGGCCAGCAGGGUAAAGAAGGCAUUCGGCUUGAAAUAUUCGCCGUCCUCUAAGAAGAGUCCCUCCGGCAAGGAGACGAGCCCGGCGAAGGCUGCGAGGAAGCCCAUGACGGUGGGCGAGCUCAUGAGGUUUCAGAUGAGGGUUUCUGAGGACACCGAUUCCAGGAUUCGGAGGGCUCUGUUAAGAAUUGCUGCUUCUCAGGUUGGAAGGCGAAUUGAAUCUAUGGUUCUCCCACUGGAGCUACUACAACAGUUCAAAUCUUCAGAUUUUACUGAUCAGCAAGAAUAUGAAGCUUGGCAAAAGAGAAACCUGAAAAUUCUUGAGGCUGGCCUCCUCUUACAUCCUCGUUUGCCCUUAGAUAAAUCAAACACUGCUCCCCAACGGUUGCGGCAGAUUAUUCAUGGAGCACUGGAUAGGCCUAUGGAAACUGGCAGAAACAAUGAAUCUAUGCAACUACUUCGUAAUGCUGUAGUGUCUCUUGCUUGCAGAUCAUUUGAUGGAUCCGAGGCUUGCCACUGGGCAGAUGGGUUUCCACUAAAUCUUCGACUCUAUGAAAUGCUCCUAGAAGCUUGCUUUGAUGUUAAUGAAGAAACAUCUAUUAUCGAGGAAGUUGAUGAACUUAUGGAACAGAUAAAGAAGACCUGGGGAAUUCUUGGAAUGAACCAAAUGCUCCAUAACAUUUGCUUCACGUGGGUAUUAUUUCACCGUUUUGUCACAACCGGCCAAGUUGAAAAUUAUCUGCUGGAUGCUGCCGAUAAUCAGCUUGCAGAAGUAGCAAAAGAUGCAAAAACAACUAAGGAUCCAGAGUACCCCAAGAUCUUGAGUUCUAUGUUGAGUUCAAUAUUAGGUUGGGCUGAGAAAAGGCUUCUUGCAUACCAUGACACUUUUGAUAGUGCAAAUAUUGAUUCCAUGCAAAAUAUUGUUUCUUUGGGGGUAUCAGCAGCCAAGAUUUUGGUUGAAGAUAUAUCUCAUGAGUACCGUAGAAGGAGAAAAAGUGAAGUUGAUGUGGCUCGGAACAGGAUUGACACUUACAUCAGGUCAUCGCUACGUACUGCUUUUGCCCAGAUAAUGGAGAAGGCAGAUUCUAGCAGGAGGGCAUCCAAAAACCGUCCAAAUUCUCUUCCUCUCCUCGCUAUUCUUGCCAAGGAUGUGGGUGAGCUUGCAGUUAAUGAGAAGGUUGUCUUCAGUCCAAUUCUGAAGAGGUGGCAUCCUUUUUCAGCAGGAGUGGCUGUAGCCACCCUGCAUGCUUGCUAUGGGAAUGAGCUAAAGCAAUUUAUCUCGGGUAUCACGGAAUUGACACCAGAUGCUGUACAAGUUUUGAGGGCUGCAGAUAAGUUGGAGAAAGAUCUUGUGCAGAUUGCUGUUGAAGAUUCAGUGGACAGUGAAGAUGGUGGGAAGGCAAUAAUCCGUGAGAUGCCGCCUUUUGAAGCUGAAGCUGCAAUAGCCAAUCUAGUGAAAGCAUGGAUUAAGACAAGAGUUGACCGGCUCAAAGAAUGGGUUGACAGGAAUUUACAGGAAGAGGUCUGGAAUCCUCAAGCAAAUGAAGAAGGCUAUGCUUCCUCUGCUGUUGAACUCAUGCGAAUCAUAGAUGAAACUUUGAAUGCUUUCUUUCAGCUUCCAAUACCAAUGCACCCAGCAUUGCUUCCUGACUUGAUGGCUGGUUUUGACAGAUGUCUUCAGUAUUACAUUACGAAGGCAAAAUCUGGCUGUGGAUCACGGAAUACAUUUGUUCCCACAAUGCCAGCAUUAACCAGAUGCACAACAGGAUCAAAAUUCCAAGGUGUGUGGAAGAAAAAGGAAAAGUCGCCAAACUCCCAGAAAAGGAAUUCUCAGGUUGCCGUAGUGAAUGGAGAUAACUCCUUUGGGAUACCACAGCUAUGUGUUCGCAUAAAUACCAUGCAACGUAUUCGGAUAGAGUUGGAAGUUUUGGAGAAGAGGGUAAUUACUCAUCUGAGAAACUGUGAAUCAGCUCAUGCAGAAGACUUCUCCAAUGGUUUGGGGAAGAAGUUUGAACUUGCACCAGCUGCUUGUCUAGAGGGUAUCCAACAACUCUCUGAGGCAUUGGCAUACAAAAUCAUCUUCCAUGAUCUUAGUCAUGUUCUAUGGGAUGGUUUGUAUGUUGGUGAGCCAUCAUCUUCAAGGAUUGAGCCUCUACUUCAGGAACUUGAGCAGAACUUGAUGAUUGUAUCGGAUAACAUACAUGAAAGAGUUCGGACACGGGCUAUUACCGACAUAAUGAGAGCUUCCUUUGAUGGGUUCUUGUUGGUUUUGCUUGCUGGAGGUCCAUCUCGUGCAUUUUCUCGGCAGGACUCCCAAAUAAUAGAGGAUGAUUUCAAAUCCCUUAAAGAUCUGUUCUGGUCCAAUGGAGAUGGUUUGCCAGCUGAUUUGAUAGACAAAUUCUCAGGCACAGUGAGAGGUGUGCUCCCUCUGUUCCGAACUGACUCAGAGAGCCUCAUUCAGCGCUUCAGACAAGUGACUUUGGAGACAUAUGGUUCUUCUGCCCGAUCCAGACUCCCAUUACCUCCUACUUCAGGGCAAUGGAACUCAACUGAACCGAACACACUCCUGCGUGUUUUAUGUUACCGUAAUGAUGAAGCUGCUUCAAAGUUCCUUAAGAAAACCUAUAACUUGCCUAAAAAACUGUAAUGAACUUGAUUUGUGACAGAUGGUGAAGCGAUGCAGUUCCUAUCCUUGUGUGGGAAUUACGCCUGGCAGAACUUUCUGCCUGUAUUUAGUAGAAACUUACCCAGAUAUGGUGGUUCUUCAUGCCAAGAGUUGCCUUGGAUGAGGCAGGAGAUGCCCUGGGCCUGGGGUAAAAGUACACAAUAUUUUUGUAUAGUGCAUUUAGAAGUCUCGUGGUUGGUCUACUCCACAUGCCAUUUGUGAAGAUUCAGAAGUGGGAGCGGAGUGAUAAGAAGCAUGGGAUUUCCAAGGGCUUUGCUUGAAGGAAGGUGGGUGGAGGGUAUUAUUCAUUAUUAUUCUUUUUCCAUCAUCUAAAAGAUUGUUAAUUUCUUCAAAAAAUUUCUCCUUUUUUCCUUUAAAUAUUUCUUUACUGCAUUUAUUUGUGUGUCAAAGUCCUUUGUUCCUCCAUGUGCCCGCCUUCAUGGUUAUCAUCUUAAUAGUAGGAAAAUUCACGUAUAGUCUAUAAAAGGCUUGAUAGUAUAAUGAUGUUGAUUCUGAAUACUGGUGUUUCCUGUCAGCAUUUAUUGUAAUACAGUUUUAUUCAUUGUAAUCCUGAUUUUACUAUUCCUGUGCUGUUAUCGGGUAGGAUUUAAUUAUUUCACUUGGGCUUCAA